UUUCCUGUCUUUGGACAUCUCAAGAUGCCUGAGCCAGCGAAGUCCGCUCCUGCUCCCAAAAAGGGCUCUAAGAAGGCCGUCACCAAGGCGCAGAAGAAGGACGGCAAGAAACGCAAGCGCAGCCGCAAGGAGAGCUACUCGGUGUACGUGUACAAGGUGCUGAAGCAGGUCCACCCGGACACGGGCAUCUCGUCCAAGGCCAUGGGCAUCAUGAACUCGUUCGUGAACGACAUCUUCGAGCGCAUCGCGGGCGAGGCGUCGCGCCUGGCGCACUACAACAAGCGCUCGACCAUCACGUCUCGGGAGAUCCAGACGGCCGUGCGCCUGCUGCUGCCGGGGGAGCUGGCCAAGCACGCCGUGUCCGAGGGCACCAAGGCCGUCACCAAGUACACCAGCUCCAAAUAAACCUGCCAAGAGAAGCAGCCAUUAGACAUAUCUUUUCUAUGCUGGACUCUGUUUCAUCUCACAAAUGAAAUGAUGAAAAUGGAUGAUAUUAGAAGAAGAUAAGCAACCAGUAUUUUAAUAUUAAAACAUUAGUUUUUUUCCUCCAAGUAUAAAAAUAUUAAGUGUUUAUUGUUGAAAUCUGUGAAAAACAGAAAUGUACAACAAAGAAUAUUUUUCCUGGUAUCUCCUGUUCUUUUUACAUAUAUGUGAGGUAAUUACCUAUAUAAAUAUGAAUAUAUGAUCUACAUGUAAUAAAUAAAUACAAUGUAUAAUACAAAUGUGUGUUGUGAUAUAAAUAAACAUAGUUUUUUAUAGCUUCAGUUAAAAUCAA